AUGCCAUGUGUCCCUAUGAGUCGCAGACCAGUGUCCAAGGCAGGCAAACCAUUCUCACUCCGUCCGUCACCUGCAGCAAUUAUCAUAUCAAUCCAUCCUGUUCAUGGCCCGAUGAACAUCACCAAUGAACAGGAAAUUACUGACGCACAGUUCAGUAAUUAUGCCAUUACGGAGUGCAUUAAAUCAGUGCGACCACUCGCUGCCCUCCUUACUGCCUCACUUUUAGCAAAGUCACCAAAUGCUAACAAAUGUCCAUCAGAUUUGGGAAACGAACACUGA